GCUAGAACUGGAAAUAAGGAAUGCGGGACACAAUUUAUUUUCAAAUGUUUGGAGUGAUUUCAAGGCAAGGAUCCCAUACAAGCUCUGGUGGUACUCACCUGAGCCAGAAAGCCAUGUCAUCGAAACGGAAAUUUCAGGGACUGCUGUUGAAGUGACCGCGAUGGAGCUGGACGUGCUAGUGGCUGUAUGUGGGUGCAUGGCACUUCUGUUCCUCCUUGUCAGGUACGGUAGAGGCAUCCUGGACGGCACUGGCUCAUCAGUGACAUACAUUGCCCAGCGCAAGGAUUAUCAUCCUAUGGUCCAAGUGGAGAACCCCUUUGUAGUGGCCUGUGAGGGCAGUGAGGACCCAGGAGGUCUGGCGCUGCAGCUGUGGAGUGAGUGCCCUUGCCAGGUGUGGUUCUACUGGGGGAUAAGCUACGCAGCUUUGGCAAGCUGGCCGCGGCUGGGAUGGCCGAGGCUGCGGGAAGCAGCACAGGCGGGCAGCCUCUGGGAGGCACCUGGAGACUGCAUACGCCAGGAUUCCCCCGUUAGCCUUGACAGCUGCCAGCGACAUCUGUGGCGCGGUGUGGGUCCCCCUGUGCCACCACGCGAGCCGCGCGUGUCACUUGGUGUGCUGUUUGUGCGGCUUUCGGAGGCAGAACCCAUGGAAGUGGUGGCCCUUGUCGGGGCUGUGGAGCUUGUGGCGGGCAGGCCUCGGCUGCUGGCCCAGCACGUGAAGCUGUCCAAUGGACAGAGUUGGCCUCUGCGCACCCUGUUCACGCCUGCGGGCGCCUCCUGCAUGGUGUGCCAGGUGGAGCCCGCCAGCCUGGCGCUGCUGCCGUGCCGACAUGCCGGUCUGUGCGGGGCCUGCUUCUCCCGCGUCCAGAACUGCCCCGUGUGCAGGGCACGCAUCCUUUCCUGCUUUCACGUAGACCCUCGGGCACUGGGCGACACCGAGCCAACUCAGGCAGACCUGUAGUGUGUAGGAUGGUGACGGUCGUGGCAAGAACCACACACACUUCAAGUGCAGUGCCGUGUACUAACUACUUGCCCUGCCAGCUUUGUCUUCGUGUGAACUUCAUACCAGCAAGUUCGUGAAUGCCCAUAUGGAACAGGGACAUGUGCAUCACGAUCAGUUGUGCUGGGGUUCUUGUCAUUGCUCGCAUCUUUUCAUCUUCUCUCGCAUAAACAGUCUAUCGCUAUCGGGUUACCAAGGAGAAAUGCUGUCUGCUCAUGGUAUGAAGGACUGUGGCACCGAAUGCGUCCACCCUUCGCAACUGCAAAAGGUUUGUGACAAUGUCAGCGAAUCAACAAGGGAGCUGUUCGUAAUCUGCAUCAGGGAUUCUGAAGCUUUCUGGGCCUCGGGCAACCCCAAAAGCAUCCAGACAGUUCCGGGGAACACCGGAUUCAUUCCUUUCUGCCCAUCAUUUCUACUUGUGUGUAGGGCUUCUUGAUAACAUCAUGUUCACGAUCACUCGAGCGCAUGCAUGUAUUAAUUUCUCAGUAGCGUUAACUUUGUAUCGAAACUCCUUUCAGGGAGGGCAAAGAAAGAAAAGCUAUACAACAUUCACGGAGAAUCGGCACAUCAAGGUGACCAAAAAUAUUCUUGCAAAUACGGAUCAGUGAAAUGUAUUAGGUGAGGACAAGAACAUACCACCAGCUACGGUGUUGUGAACUAACGCGUCUAAAUCGCAUUUCACCGAACGUUGGGACCCUUUAGAAGGGCAAAAUGUUUAUAUGUGCACGGAUCCGAACAAAAUUUUUUUACUGUAUACUUUCUUCUGGGCACUUCGGCCAUGUAUGCAAAGCUCUGCUACUGAAUUUGUGCAGUCAUUCCGCAAACUAUGAUUAAGGAUCGACGCGGUCACUCCCAAUUUGUGCCCCCAAACGGAUCAUUUCUACUGACCAUCCCGUGACUGUAGCUUGUGAUGUGUGAUGUUUAUGACGCAAUAGGUGACCCGUAAAAGAG